AUGCGGUAUUCGGUGGCGGUGGAGGUUGUUGUGCCACGGGCGGAGUUGCAGAGGGAGCGUUGGCCCCCACUGUGGCGAUGUAUUGUAUCACUGCUUCAAUGGCAGCAUGAGCUGAAGCUUCCGCAAUCAUGUGUUGGAGGGCCUCUUCAGUUAGCUGAACCGUUUGAGAAGCGGGGAGUGGUGGAUCACGUGGGUGAUUUAUCUAGACUUCACGAGGUGGAUCCUGAUUACGAGGAGGAAAUGCUUAAGUUAAUCAAGUGGACUUCUGCCAUUCAGGCAAAGUUGCAACUUGCACAAUCUUGGUUGAAUUUAUACUUUCUGUUUGUACAGGUCUAUGAUACGGACAAUGCAAAUCAGAAGGAAAAAUUCGAGGCGGACUUGAAGAAGGAGAUAAAGAAGCUACAGAGAUACAGAGACCAGAUCAAAACAUGGAUACAGUCCAGCGAGAUCAAGGAUAAGAAGGUUAGUGCCUCUUAUGAGCAAGCUCUGAUGGACGCUCGAAAGCAAAUUGAGCGUGAAAUGGAACGAUUUAAGAUAUGUGAAAAAGAAACGAAGACAAAAGCAUUCUCAAAAGAAGGCCUAGGCCAGCAGCCUAAAACGGAUCCGAAGGAAAAAGCUAAAGGAGAAACAAGAGAUUGGUUAAAUAAUGCGGUCAGCGAGCUGGAAAAUCAAAUUGAUAGCUUUGAAGCUGAAAUAGAGGGGCUUUCUGUUAAGAAAGGGAAGACAAGGCCUCCCAGACUGACGCAUCUGGAGACAUCCAUUGGUCGGCAUAAGGCUCAUAUUAUGAAGUUAGAAUUAAUUCUAAGGCUGUUGGACAACGAUGAAUUGAGCCCAGAGCAAGUCAAUGAUGUAAAUGACUACGUGAAAAGAAAUCAGGAGGACUUAGAUGAAUUUAGUGAUGUCGAUGAGCUUUACAGUUCUCUACCUCUGGACAAGGUGGAGUCUCUUGAAUCUCCCCUAGGCAAUAGAGUAAUCUUGUCACAAGCUGCCAAGGCUAGUGAUGGACUUGGAUCAGCUGAUACUGGAAAUGUUAGCGAUGCUGCGAUUAUGGGCAGCAGGGUUUUCACUUCUCCUGUUGUUCCUGGUAUGCAGUGGAGGCCCGGAAGUUCCUUCCAGAACCAGAACGAAGCGGCGCAGUUUCGUGGAAGAACCGAGAUUGCUCCUGAUCAAAGGGAGAAGUUUCUACAACGAUUUCAGCAGGUAACGCAGCAAUGUCAGACUAAUGUUCUUGGCAUGCCUCCUCUCGCCGGGGGGAAGCAGUACUCUGCUCAGCAGCAGAAUCUACUUCUACAGCAGUUCAAUGCUCAAAGCUCGUCUAUCUCACCUCAACUCGGGAUGGGGAUAGGAGUCCAAACUUCAGGUCUUAGCAGUGUUGCGACAUCUGCUUCUCUGCAGCAACAACCGAGUGCAAUACACCAAUCAUCUAAUCAACAGGCAGUCAUAACUUCAACAUCUAAGGAUGCAGAAACUAGCCUUACAAAAGUUGAGGCAUUGCAGCAGCAACAGCUUCUCACAGAAGACUUGGCGCCAGAUUAUAGCUCUAACUCCGGCCUAGGAAAAAGUCUCGUGCAAGAGGAUGAAUUGAAAACUUCCCAUGCCUUAGAGACUACAGCUGCAGUUGCUUCUGGACCACUUGUUGAACCUUCCCAGGUGAUGAGGGAAACCGACCUUUCUCCAGGACAACCUUUGCAACCAGCUUCAUCUUCUGGAAGUCUUGGUGUUAUUGGUCGAAGAAGUGUAUCUGAUCUCGGUGCUAUUGGAGAUAACAUCAGUGCAUUAACUGCAAAUUCGGGAGGAAUGCACGAUCAGAUAUACAAUUUGCAGAUGCUCAAGGAUGCUUAUUAUGGACUUCCUCAACCCAAAGAUUCUGAACGUGCAAGGACCUAUACUCCAGCAACAACCUCAGCUUCCGUCCAGCAAACUCCUCCUUCCCUCGACCAGGUGGAUGAAACAGCUUUCCAGGAUGAUGCAGUUGCUAGAACUCCACCUCCUAAAAGUAGUUCCCUCAGUAUUUCUGCACCACAACCGCCAGCAUCUGGCCUUGCAACUUCUGCCAUCACAAGUGCCGGCAGUGCUUCAUCCCCAGUAGCUGUAUCAAGUCCUAUAAAAGAAUUGAAGAUCGCAAACUUCCCUGGUCGUAAAUCAUCACCAGCUCUUGCUGAAACUGGAUUAAGGGCUAUUGGUAAAGGUGGAUUGCUAAGUCAACCAACUUCUAACAUCCUUCCCAGUUCUGGAAACACAAUUUCCAGCAAUGGUACCAUUCCUUUGGGUUCUGAAAUUGGGAAAAGGAAUAUUUUGGUAUCCGAUGAUCGAUCCGCGAGUAGUGGUAUUGCACAGUAUCUUGUAUCUCCCCUAGGCAAUAGAGUAAUCUUGUCACAAGCUGCCAAGGCUAGUGAUGGACUUGGAUCAGCUGAUACUGGAAAUGUUAGCGAUGCUGCGAUUAUGGGCAGCAGGGUUUUCACUUCUCCUGUUGUUCCUGGUAUGCAGUGGAGGCCCGGAAGUUCCUUCCAGAACCAGAAUGAAGCGGGGCAGUUUCGUGGAAGAACCGAGAUUGCUCCUGAUCAAAGGGAGAAGUUUCUACAACGAUUUCAGCAGGUAACGCAGCAAUGUCAGACUAAUGUUCUUGGCAUGCCUCCUCUUGCCGGGGGGAAGCAGUACUCUGCUCAGCAGCAGAAUCUACUUCUACAGCAGUUCAAUGCUCAAAGCUCGUCUAUCUCACCUCUACUUGGGAUGGGGAUAGGAGUCCAAACUUCAGGUCUUAGCAGUGUUGCGACAUCUGCUUCUCUGCAGCCACAACCGAGUGCAAUACACCAAUCCUCUAAUCAACAGGCAGUCAUAUCUUCAACAUCUAAGGAUGCAGAAACUAGCCUUACAAAAGUUGAGGAAUUGCAGCAGCAACAGCCUCUCACAGAAGACUUGGCGCCAGAUUAUAGCUCUAACUCCGGCCUAGGAAAAAGUCUCGUGCAAGAGGAUGAAUUGAAAACUUCCCAUGCCUUUGUGUAAUUGAAGUAUUGUGUAUAUUCGUGAACGGAAUAACUUAAGACUCGUGAUCAAACCCCUAUAAGUGUAGUGUGACAUACUUACUACAUCUUAAUACCUACAAAAUAAGCUACAUAAUAUUUGUAAGUUCAAUGAUCACAUAUCAAUGUAAUUGAAGUGAAAUGAAAAUUGUCACAAUGUGCAUAUGAGUAGGGGUGGCAAUUUGGAUCCGGUUCCACGGAUCCGAUUA